AUGAACAUAGAAUGCAUCGACGUUCUCCCCUUUGAUACUGCGCAAGAGGAGGAAAUAGUAUGCGUUCUAGCAACAGAAGUCGAAGAGAAAGAUAAGGUCGAAAAUUCAGUGGACCUACAAAGGUUCAGUAGUCUUCGAAAGACACGGCAUACGGCAUACGUAGCAAACUUUAUAAAACGACUCGCUGAGCGAAUGAUUAAAAUUAAAGGUCGCAACUUGCAACUCAGUAGCGUGUCUCAGUUCGAUACAUACCCACAUAUCACAGCUAAAGACAUAGAACUCGCAGAAAAGAUGAUAUUCAUGCAUGAAAACAAAGGAAUUAGCCUGAAGGAGUUGCAAACUCGGAAUAAUACGUUUCUAUACAUAAAAAAUAACAAACAAAUAAUACGUUGUGCGCCCAGAUUGGAGAAUGCUCAUCUACCCUACGACGCGCGGAAUCCGAUUUACUUACCAGUGCACUCGGAGCCCUUGAGGCUCAUGCUCACAGACAUAUAUAAAAACAACGCACACUCUCAACAACGCUUUUGGUUGUCGCGCCCUCCGAGACAUGCACGGCGUAUCCUCAACCAGUGCUCGCUUGUCGCCGAGCACAAAGUCCCCCGAUUAGCCUCGCUGCCUUCUGACCGCGUUCGACGCGUCAGACCAUUCAAACACACAGGUUGUGAUCUCCUUGGAACAUACACCAUGAGUGGCAUGCGAAGGCCCACGUGUGCCUAUACACAUGUCUCCUUACACGAGCAAUCCAUCUUGAGCUUGUUGAGAACCUGUCAGAUACCGCACUUGUAA